AUGUUCUCUACUACCACCACUACCACUACAACCGACCGAGUUGAUGAGGGCAUUGAAUUAGCUGAGCUGUUUGGCGAUCCACUUCCUCAACAGGCUAACGUCAACGCUACAUUACCCACGCCUGUCCUCCCACCAACCGCCCACACUCGAUCUCCUGCAUUUAACUAUCAUCCUCCUAACAUCCAAACAACACUGUCGAGUACCCAUAACUUGGCAGUCGUACCUGAUGAGAAGAAGACAUGGUUCAGUUAUGUCGUAGAAUAUGCCCCUGUCGAGUCGUUGGCACUGCUAUUGGAUGUUGCUGUGAAGUGGGCUACAUAG